AUGGACUCAGACUCACACAUCACAGAAGUCUUCCAGAGAGAACUCAUGUGUGCCAUCUGCCUCAAUUGCCUUAUAGACCCAGUCACCAUAGGCUGUGGACACAGCUUUUGCAGGCCCUGCCUCUGCCUUUCCUGGGAAGAAGCCCACACUCAUGCCUCUUGCCCAGAGUGUAGGAAACCAUCACAACAGAAAGACUUCAAAACAAAUAUUACUCUGAAGAAUUUAGUGUCCAUUGCCAGAAAGGCCCGCCUCUUGCAAUUCCUGAGCAUUGAGGAACAGAUGUAUGGUACCCACAGGGAGAAGAAGAAGAUGUUCUGUGACGUGGACAAGAGCCUGCUCUGUUUGCUCUGCUCUAACUCCCAGGACCAUAGAGCUCACAGACACUGUCCCAUUGAAGUGGCAGCUGAGGACCACCUGGAGAAUAUCUUAAAGCAAAUGAGCUCUUUAUGGAAAAGGAUGCAAGAAAAUCAUAGAAAUCUACAUGAGAAGAGGAGAACAAUCCUCUUGUGGGGGGGCUAUGUGCAUCUAUGGGAAAAGAUGAUCCGAGAUGAGUACAGGAAGCUGCCUCCAGCUCUCCAAGAGGAAGAAAAACAACAUAUAGAGAGACUGACAAAGGAAAGCCAAGAGAUUUUUCAGCAACUUAAUACAAGUGAGGCCAAAAUGGAUGAAAAGAGGAAACAACUAAAAGAAAUGUACAGCACACUGAUGGAAAUGUGCCAGAAACCAGAUGUGGAGCUGCUCCAGGAUUUCGGAGAUAUACUGGCAAGGAGUGAGUCCACGUGCGAAAACAAACUAUAA